GGGUCGCACGUUUUAUUGCACAAGAUGUGGAACUGAGCAUGUAUCACGAAAAUGCCCGGCUUUUGGCAAACAAUGUAAGAACUGUGAGAAAAUGAACCACUUUGCCAAGGUGUGUAGGUCGAUGAAGACAGUUCCUUUUUUGGCCUGGAAUGUCGGAAAAAAUCGCAGAGAUGGUGAACAGGUGUGACGUGUGCAGGACAUAUCAGAAAUGUCAAACUAAAGAGCCACUACAACCACACAGUGUUCCAGAAAGACCCUGGCAGAAGAUAGGUGUUGACCUAUUCACCUUUAGCCAGCAGGAGUAUUUACUACUGGUGGAUUACUAUUCUAAGUUCAUAGAGGUGGAGUGGUUGAAGUCAGACACAAGAAGUGCAACAAUCAUCACACAUCUGAAGUCACAGUUCGCCAGACAUGGCAUUCCUGAAAUAGUGAUCUCAGAUAACGGACCACAGUUCAGCUCUCGUGAGUUCCAAGCCUUUGCAAAAGAGUGGGAGUUCAGUCACCAAACUUCAAGCCCCUACCAUGCGCAGUCUAAUGGAAUGGCAGAAAGAGGAAUACAGACUAUCAAACUCAUGCUUAAAAAAUCGAAAGCUGAUGGAAAAGAUCCAUAUCUGUCGUUGCUGAGUCUGAGGAGUACACCUCUGGAGGAUGUCGGAGUGUCACCAGCCCAGCUGUUGAUGGGUCGACGUUUGAGAACAAGACUUCCGACGACAUCCCAGAUGCUGAAACCUCAAAUGGUCACAAGUACAGUACAACAGGUGUUUGAAACAAGACAACAGAAACAGAAAGAAUAUUUCGAUCAAGGAGCCAGAGCACUCCAGAAACUUGAGGUUGGCGACAAUGUCAGAAUCUGGCAGGAAGGAUUAUGGAAUCCAGCCCAGGUAACGGGACUUUCUGACCAGCCAAGAUCAUAUGUAGUCCAGACACCUGGGGGACAAGUAUAUAGAAGAAACAGAAAGUAUCUGAUGCAGUCCAAGGAACUGAGUAACACACUAAAGGACACCAACAAACAAGAUGUGACUCAACAGGAUGUGCAUGACAGUACAGAGAAAAAGCAUGAAAUGGACAUUCAAAAGAAAACAUCAGGAAGUAAUUCUAGUCCUACAAAGCUUUCAAGUCUACCUGUUACAACAGCAAGUGGACGAAUUGUCUCAAAGCCAAGAAGAUUCAUCGAGGAGUACUAGGAUUAUUAUUAUUAUUAUUUAUUUAUUUUUCAUGUUUGAGCAGUUGUUUAGCCUAAUAAAAAAAAAUAAAAAAAAAAGGAAAAUAAAGAGGAUGUCAUGAUAUGUAUAAAUGCAGAUCAUGCGUAAGCCACUGGUGGCGCUAGAGUUGAAUAAACUACCACAAGAUGGUUGCAACAGCUGGCUGAGUGGUGUGUCUGUUUACUUUAGAUC